ACCACGCGCAUAUGCACUGCCCUGACUCCUUUCUUCCUUCUACUAUAAAUCCAUGGCCUGCUCAGCCCAAACUUCAUCUCAUCUCAAGCAGCAUCACAACCUACAACACACCUUCAGACUUCCAGAGCUAAAGUGAAAUUUAGCCAGCCGGAAACACAUCCGACUCAACCAUGAUCCAUCCAAAGAAGCUUGCUCAGCUGGCCAAGAAGUGCCGGCGGAUGUUGGCGGCUGGAGCUGGUGCCCGCCGUCGGCAUGCCUCGGACAUGGCCGACGAUGAGUGCUGCAGCACAGUGUCAUCUGUGGUUGCCGAUGAGGGCCACUGCGUGAUGUACACCAGCGACGGAACCCGGUUCGAGGUCCCUCUGGCGUACCUCGGGACGACGGUCUUCGCCGAGCUCCUGAGGAUGUCCGAGGAGGAGUUUGGCUUCGCGAGCGGCAGUGACGGAGGCAGGAUCAUGCUGCCCUGCGAUGGCACUGUGAUGGAAUAUGUCUUGUGCCUGGUCAGGAGGGAGGCCUCUGAGGAGGUCGAGAGGGCGUUCUUGAGCUCCAUUGUUGGGCACUGCCACAGCUACAAUGCUAGCUGCAUGGCACCAUCAAUGGGACUCGGCCAUCAAUUUGCUCUUUGUACUUAGCUACUAGCUUAGCUUCUGAAAUAUUUUUAGUUAGGACUUAGGACUAAGAGGAGCUCUGUAGAGCCUCAUGUAAUACUCAAUGAUCACAGUAAAUGAUACGAAGAGACAAAUUUUCUA